AUGCCGCUGCAGAACCCGCCGGACGUCAUCGAGGCGCAUCAGAGGUCGGCCAGGGUGGCGAGGGCCUCGAGGUGCUCCAGCAAGUCCGCGUCCAGGACUUGCAGAGCCACCAGGACGACCAGGGCGCACAACCCCAAGGACCCGUCGUGCGGAAGGGGCACUUUCGGAUACGACAUCGAGGACGUAGACAGCUUCCUCGCCAAGGCGUCCCUGGAGAAGCCAGCCAACAUCCCCAUGGUGCUGGCGUGCCCCUGCACUCUCUACCGAACGGAGGAGGGAGGCUGGCAGGAGGAGGUGUCGCUGCCGCUUGGCAUGGUGGUCAACGGCGUGUUCCGAGUCGAGGCCUCGCCGUCAUCGUCGUCGUGCUGGCUGUACGCGCAGACGCCGCACGGCCACGAAGGCUACGUGCGCUACGCGUCCUGCCUGCCCCUCGGCAUCCUGGCCGCGUCGGCAGAGGCCGCGCCCAGAGACUCCACCCCGCGCCCUCUGCCGACGCCGUCCUGGAGCCGAGGCUGGGGCCGGGGUCCGAGCUGGGACACGGCCUCGGACAUUCUCCCCGCAACCUACACUGGCAACCUGACGGACACGAGCAAGGCGAAGGACACCCGCUCCGAGAGGGCCUUUAACUGCGCGCGGGGCACGACGAGGACACUAGUCGACAAGGGACUGCAGUUUCAGCAGGGCUUGCUGGAGGCUAGUCGGGCCGAGCGCUCCGUGGACGAGCUGUACCUCCGCUCGAUGCGCUCCGGCAACACCCCUCUGUACGCCGGCGGUUCCAUUCAUUUUUCAAGCGCCAUUAAAGUAUGUUAAUCGAUUCUUGAAAAGGGGAAAGACAAAAGGACGCGACGAUGGCGACCAAGCAAGAUGCAACUUCUGCCCUGACAACGAAUACUUAUGGAAGGAGUAGAGGAACUGAAAAUGAAGGCUUAGUCAGGUGACUGCUCUUGUGGAAGGGCAAUAAAAAAUUGAAAGAUU